AUGGCGCACGAAAGGAUGUUGAAAGGGUUGGCAGCACCGAAUCUAGACCAUCAACCUCUGUGUAUUCAAUAUCCAACGUUGGACGUUAACUUUGAACUCAAGUCGAGCCUCAUACAUUUACUACCAUCUUCCCAUGGGCUACCAGGAGAGGACCCAAAUAAGCAUCUGACAGAAUUUCACAUAGUCUGCUCUAGUAUGAAACCAGCUUUAGUAACAGAAAAGCAGAUUAAAUUAAGAGCAUUUCCAUUUUCUUUUAAGGAUGGUGCAAAGGAAUGGAUCUAUUACCUUCCUCUUGGAACUUUUAAUAUCUGGAAUGAAAUGAAGACAUUGUUCUUGGAGCGUUACUUCCCAGCAUCUAAGGUUGGUAGUAUAAAGAAGGAAAUCUGUGGACUAUUUCCAUUGGACAAGAGCAUGAUUGAUGCAGCAAGUGGGGGAGCACUGGUGGACAAGACUCCUGCUGUAGCUAGGAGCUUAAUUUCUAAUAUGGCAGCUAAUUCUCAACAGUUUAGAGUUCGUCAAGAAGUUUCAGUUAAGGGAUUAAAUGAGACAAACUCUAAAGUAGAACAGCAGCUGGCGCAAUUAACUAGUAUGGUUCAACCGAUGGCUUUAGGUCAGCAAGUGAGACCUUGUGGCAUAUGUCAGUUGGUGGGGCAUCCUACUGAUGCACGUCCCACACUUCAAGAGGAUACCAAUGAGAAUAUAAAUGCAAUGGGGGGAUUCCCAGGGAAACCUAGGCAAAGGUAUGACCCUUAUGCUAUAACUUAUAAUGAAGGAUGGAAGGAACAUCCUAAUCUUCGAUAUGGAAAUCAACAACAAACUAUACCUAAUAGACCACCAGGCGUUACACAACAAGACAAAGAUGAAACCCCAACCACAUCACCCAAACCUAAACCCACUAUUCCUACUUAUGUUACUACUCCUCCAUUUCCUAUUCGUUUGAGAAAGACAAAGAAAGAUGAAGUUGAACAAGAAGUACUGGAGACUUUUUGCAAGGUUGAGAUAAACAUUCCUUUACUUGAUGCCAUUGAGCAAGUACCUCGAUAUGCUAAGUUUUUAAAGGAGUUAUGUACCAAUAAGAGGAAGUUAAAAGGGAAUGCAAAGGUGAGUAUGGGGGAAAAUGUCUCAGCGGUUCUUCAAAAGAAACUUCCACCAAAGUGUAAGGAUCAUGGCACCUUCACUAUUCCUUGCACUAUUAGCAAUGAUGUGAUUGAAAGAUGUAUCUUAUAUUUGGGUGCCUCAAUCAAUGUAAUGCCGUACUCUAUUUAUACCUCUUUGAAUUUGGGAUCCCUAGAAGAAACAGAGGUGAUCAUACAAUUAGCAGAUCGUUCUAAUGCCUAUCCAAGGGGAGUAGUAGAGGAUGUAUUGGUUAAAGUCAAUGAAUUGGUUUUUCCGGUAGACUUUUACAUUCUUGAUAUGGAAGAUGACUCACUUCCAUGUUCUACACCAAUAUUAUUGGGAAGGCCAUUCUUAAAGACAGCUAGAACUAAGAUAGAUGUUCAUGAGGGAACUUUGACCAGGGAGUUUGAUGGUGAGGUGAUUCGCUUUAAUAUUUUUGAGGCUAUGAAGUAUCGAAGUGAUGUUCCUUUAGUUUCUUCAAUUGAUAUUCUAGACUCAUUGUCACAAAGAAUUCUGGAUUUACAUGGAGAGGAUGGGUUAGAUGUUGUUUUGAGGGAACCAAUAGACUUGAAGGAAGAUGAUGUCACUACUGAAUUAAAGGAGACAGUGGCUACACUUAAUAGUGGUGGAGAGGUAUUUAAAGCGGUGUCGUUCUUAGAGUUUCCUGUUUCUCAUGAGAAACUUCAACCAUCUGUUAAAUCACCACCCAAGCUUGAAUUAAAACCACUACCGGAGCUUCUCAAAUAUGUCUACUUAGGUGAGAGAGAGACAUUACUAGUUAUUAUCACCACAAAACUUACCCAAGUACAAGAGGAUCAUUUGAUAAGGGUACUUUGA